AGUCCCACUCUAAAGCUUCCGCUAAGCGGCCAGCAGACGAUGUUUUUCCGCCGGGAAUUGAUUUCACUUUGUUAAUUUGUUUUACAAUACGGUGCUCUUUUUAAAUAAUUUCUCCCGCGGUAACCUUGUACGCUGAAAAGAAACUAAUUGGAGAAGUGUAUCUCAUGCUUAUUUCACUGCUUGUUCAAUGACAGGCAGAGCAAAGGUUUUGAAACCUUAUUGCUGCUGCUAGUAAUGUAAAUUAGUAGCAGAAGGGAAUUCGCACCAUGGCAAUUUUGAGCCCAUCCACUUUUCAUGCGCUCCCUUCCUGAUUAUUCUCUAUCACGUUUGGCAGCCUCAGCAUGCUGAUAAUUCGUGGGAGGUUUCAAAGGGUUCAAAGUCCACGGCUUUGAGGUUCUUAUUAACACGUUUCUUGAAUGGCUCGGACACUCAAGCCAUAGUAGUGUUGACAUAGCGCAUAGCCUCACCGGCCUCACCGACGCUGCAGCAGAGGCAAACGCACACCACAAUGGAGGAUCUUUUUUGCCAAUAUAAGACUCUCUGUAAGAGUAUAAGGGUAUCAUUCAAAAACUGUGGUUAUAAUUUGAGGCCAAGAGCAGAAGCAGGAUUGUGGGUUGUGCCACUUAUUCCUACAGCCCUGCUAGUGAGCACACUAAAACAGAUUUUCGCUGGAGGACAGGCAUCGCUCUCUCAUGUUUACUUUGCAACAACAGUCGUUAGUUGCGGUGUUCUAGUAACAACCAUCCUGUAUCUCAUGAGAUUUCUUCCAAAACUUGGUCAUCGAAUCCAUAAUGCCUACCUAGGGGUGCCUGCUGUCGGCACUCUUCUCUUUUUGCUUAUCACUCAGAACGUUUAUAGCCACAACUUUCAUGACUUUGAAAGAGAGAAUACAUGGUUUAGGAAAAGUUGUGGUCUGAGUAGAACAGCUCAUAUCUUAACAGGUUUUAUUUUAAGCAUUCUUGGAGGAGUUAUGAGUUCAUAUGGAGUUCUUGCUGGAUUGCCAACACUUCUGACACUUGCUCCGUCAUGCUUUACAAUUGGAGAAGCAGUGGUUGUGGUCCACUGUUUAAUUAUUUUUGUGUACAGCUCGGCAGUGAAUCUCUGCCACGUGGCAUUUUCACACGUUCCACUGCUAGCAGAAAUGGAUAUCUCUCAAGAGACCUCCUAUGAUAUAUCAACUGUUAUUUUACAGGUGGGCAUGCUGAGUGUAUUGCUCAUGCUUGGAGUUUUAGUGGCAUCCCCAGAGACACGAGAACCAUACUUGUUUUAUGUUGUUCUCAGUCUAGCUGUGCUUACCACAGUUGUCUGCCUGCAUUUAUUGUUGGGUGGAAGUCCAUUCAUUUGGAUUGUUUUGAAUAUUACUCGAGACCAGGGCACUUUCAAUAUAUUUUUAUGGUGGAUAAUUUGCUCCAUUGCCGCCACAGUAAGUGUUCAUAGACAAGUUCGGUGGGAACAAAAAGCUUCCACUUCCCAGCGGAAACUUUUCCAUCUCCUAGCAGUUGUUGUGUUUGGAUUAGGUAUUUUAAAUGUACCAGAUCUCAUUUAUUUGGCAAGUGGUGUGUGUUUUGCCAUAUUUCUUGUCUUAGAGGCUGCAAGAAUUUUACAAAUUCCACCUCUAUCAGAUAUAUUGAAAAAUGGUUUCAUCUUGUAUGGUGAUGAAAAGGAUAUUCUGAUUGCUCUCACGCCACUUUAUCUAUUAGCUGGGAUGGCAGCUCCCCUAUGGCUGUCGCCCUUGGGCAAUAUCCCAAUAGAAGCAGCGCAUCUAAUGCCCUACUUGUCUGGGCUACUCUCAAUAGGUGUUGGGGACACUGCAGCCAGCUAUAUUGGAUCUAAUUUUGGAUCCACCAAGUGGCCAGGAACAAAUCGCACUGUUGAGGGAACUAUAGCAUGUUUCACUUCUCAACUGGCUGUAACAUUGCUUCUCAUAUUUUUUGAUUAUCUUCCUGGUGAUAUACUGUCACUAUUCAGGAAUGUAGUGGCAAUAGGUGCCACAAGCAUGAUUGAGUCAAGAACUGACCAAGUAGAUAAUAUGGUGCUUCCAUUGGUACAUUUCAUCCUUACUUGAUAGAAAAGAACUUUGUGAUCAUUCUAAACAUGGGGAAAAUUGCUGUGGUUUCAAAAUGUCUAGUCACUAGAAGCAUGUCCUGUUUUCAAAGUUUAUUUAUACAUGUUGCUGGCUGAACUCA